ACUCACUGCAGAUCCAGCAGAGGAUGGCAGGAUUCAAAAAGGAGAUGAGAAGAGCAUAGUGGAGGAAGUUUGCGUGCGGAACUUUGCAAAGAAAAAAAAAAGAAGAAGAGCUGGAGAAGACUUCUGUGCCGAGCUUCACUUUGCACACUCGGACCGGAGCUGACAGUGAGGAUGGGCAUGGAACGUAGAUGGGUCAGUCAGGACAGGCGUCUGAGACAGAGCCUCUGAUUUCUCGACUUCCACCCGGGACCGAUGGAGGACGGCGUUUUCCCCCGAGCUGCUGACAUGCUUUCAGAGGCCUGUAAGAUGUGGACGGGCUCGCCUUCGGGGGAAAUCUGAGACCUUGAAUGAGCCGCGGGACACAGGCGGGAGUGUUUCAGUGAAGAAGAGAAACCAUGGACCUGUUACGGCGCGGCGCCAGACUGACUUUGCGCCUCUAACCCGACUGUAGCGCCCUCUAGCCGCACCCCAUGUCACAGCCUUCUCCGAAUUAUGGAAAUUUUGUGGAAGACGCUGACUUGGACACUGAGCUUUGUGGUGAUGGCAGCUUCGGAAUUUCAAAGACUUUCUCACAGCUCUCAAGAGGAGUUCCUGUCUUACCUGCAGCACUACCAGCUGACCGUCCCGGUGCGCGUGGACGAGAACGGGAACUUUCUGAGCUACAGCGUGAAGCACCAGCGGCCGGGCCGGCGGAGGCGGGCGCUGGCGGACCCCGCCGCCGACCCGCCAGGCUCCCAGAUCUUCUACAGGCUGUCGGCGUAUGGGAAGCACUUCCACCUGAACCUGACGCUUAACCCCAACCUGGUGUCGAAGCAUUUCACGGUGGAGUACUGGGGCAAAGAGGGGCCCGAGUGGCGUCACGACGUGCUGGACCACUGCCACUACGUGGGCUCCCUGCAAAGCCAGCACAGCACGACCCGAGUGGCGCUCAGCAACUGCAAGGGCUUGCACGGCGUCAUAACAACAGAGGAAGAGCAGUAUUUAAUAGAGCCUUUAAAGAACACGUCCUGCGCCACCUCCAGUGAACGGAACCUGGACGGAGCUCAGCAACAUGUUAUUUAUAAAACGUCUUCCAUCCCCUCGCCGCAAGAGCAAAGCCAGGAGUUCAACUGUGGCAUUUCAGACCUCACAAAAAGCAACGCACCUUGCCAGUUUAGCACACCCUCCCCUGUCCACCUGUCCCCCGUCCCUCAAAAUGCCAGCCAGCAGCCGGCCGGCGCUCACAGGCGCCGGAGGUCCGUCAGCUCCGAGCGCUUCGUGGAGACGCUCGUGGUCGCAGACAAGAUGAUGGUCGGCUACCACGGACGCAAAGACAUAGAGCACUACAUCCUGUCUGUGAUGAAUAUUGUUGCCAAACUGUACCGUGAUUCCAGUCUGGGAAAUGUUGUGAACAUCAUUGUGACCCGUCUAAUUGUUCUCACGGAGGACCAGCCAAACCUGGAAAUUAAUCAUCAUGCUGACAAGUCUCUGGACAGUUUCUGUAAGUGGCAAAGGUCCAUCCUGUCUCAUCACAGCAGCGGGAACAGCAUUCCCGAGAACGGAAUGGCUCAUCACGACAACGCUGUUCUAAUCACCCGAUAUGACAUCUGCACCUACAAGAACAAACCCUGUGGGACUCUAGGCUUGGCCUCUGUGGCUGGAAUGUGUGAGCCGGAGAGAAGCUGCAGCAUCAAUGAAGACAUCGGCCUUGGCUCGGCUUUCACCAUCGCACACGAGAUAGGCCACAACUUCGGAAUGAACCACGACGGCAUCGGCAACUCCUGCGGCACCAAGGGCCACGAGACGGCCAAGCUGAUGGCCGCUCACAUAACGGCCAACACCAACCCGUUCUCCUGGUCCGCCUGCAGCAAAGACUACAUCACCAGCUUUCUCGACUCAGGUCGGGGAACGUGUCUGGACAACGAGCCUCCAAAACAAGAUUUCCUGUAUCCGACCGUGGCCCCGGGGCAGGUGUACGACGCCGAUGAGCAGUGUCGCUUCCAGUACGGAACCUCCUCGCGUCAGUGCAAGUAUGGGGAAGUGUGUAGAGAGCUCUGGUGCCUUAGCAAAAGCAACCGCUGUGUAACUAACAGUAUCCCGGCUGCAGAGGGGACUCUGUGUCAGACUGGCAGCAUUGAGAAAGGGUGGUGUUACCAGGGAGAAUGUGUCACGUUCGGCUCCCAGCCCGAGAGUGCGGACGGCGGCUGGGGGCCGUGGUCCUUGUGGGGAGAGUGCAGCCGGACCUGCGGAGGCGGCGUUUCCUCCUCCAUGAGGCACUGUGACAGCCCAGCCCCGUCUGGAGGAGGCAAGUACUGCCUUGGAGAGAGAAAACGGUACAGAUCCUGUAACACCGACGCUUGCCCAGCUGGGUCUCAGGAUUUCAGGGAGAAGCAGUGCGCUGAUUUUGAUAACAUGCCUUUCCGUGGGAAGUAUUACAACUGGAAGCCUUACACUGGGGGUGGCGUGAAGCCCUGCGCACUAAACUGCCUGGCGGAGGGCUAUAACUUUUACACGGAGCGCUCCCCUGCUGUCGUCGACGGCACCCGAUGUCAGGCUGACUCUCUGGACAUCUGCAUCAACGGGGAGUGUAAGCAUGUGGGCUGCGACAACAUCCUGGACUCAGCCGCAAGAGAAGACCGCUGCCGUGUGUGUGGAGGGGACGGUAGCACCUGUGAGGCCACCGAGGGGCUCUUCAACGACUCUCUGCCUAGAGGAGGCUACAUGGAGGUGGUUGAGAUCCCAAAAGGAUCUGUUCACAUCGAGAUCAGAGAAGUCGCUGUGUCAAAGAACUACAUAGCUCUAAAAUCCAAAGAAGACGAUUACUACAUCAACGGAGCUUGGACCAUCGACUGGCCCAGGAAGUUUGACAUCGCCGGGACGGCCUUCCACUACAGGAGACCCACCGAUGAACCCGAGUCUCUGGAGGCGCUGGGACCCACCGCCGAAAACCUCUCUGUUAUGGUUCUCCUUCAAGAAGAGAACCUAGGAAUACGCUACAGGUUCAAUGUUCCCAUCCAGCGGACAGGAAGCGGUGACAACGAGGUGGGCUUCUCCUGGCACCACCCCCCCUGGUCCGAGUGCUCAGCUACCUGCGCUGGCGGCUCCCAGAAGCAGGAGGUGGUGUGUAAGAGGCUUGACGACAACUCGGUGGUGCAGAACAGCUACUGUGAGCCAGACAGCAAACCGCCAGAGAACCUGAGAGAGUGCAACCCUGAGCCGUGUCCUCCAGAGUGGUUCAUCGGCGACUGGUCAGAGUGCGGAAAGACGUGUGAUGGUGGGACCAGGACCAGGACCGUCUUGUGUAUCAGGAAGAUUGGCCCCACUGAGGAGGAGACGCUGGAAGACGCCUCCUGCCUGACUCAUCGACCCAUUGAAAGAGAGUCCUGCAACAACCAGUCCUGCCCGCCGAAGUGGGUAACUCUGGAAUGGUCAGAGUGCACGCCAAAGUGUGGCCCCGGCUUCAAGCACCGCAUCGCAUUGUGCAAGAGCAGCGACCUGACCAAAACCUUCCCGCCCACCACCUGCCCGAGCCACAACAAGCCUCCGGUCCGAAUGCGCUGCAGUUCUGGACGCUGCCCUCCUCCUCGCUGGAUCCCCGGGGACUGGGGACAGUGUUCAGCUCAGUGCGGCAUGGGUCAGCAGAUGAGGACGGUGACCUGCCUGUCCUACACCGGACAGAUGUCCAAUGAGUGUCCAGAUCCCCUCCGGCCCGCCACCAUGCAGCAGUGUGAGAGCAAGUGCGAUGCCAUCCCAAACUCCAACAGCGACGAAUGCAAAGAUGUAAACAAAGUUGCUUACUGCCCGCUGGUGCUGAAGUUCAAGUUUUGCAGCCGAGGCUAUUUCAGACAGAUGUGCUGCAAGACCUGCCAGGGGCACUGACGCUGGCGCAAAAGCAACGAGUAGUGAUAAAGAACGACAUGGUUGCAAAGGCAAAGAAGAUGGAGGGAUAGAGCGCUGAAAAAAAGUAGGAGGGCUGAUAAAACUGCUCAGUUCUCGAAUGUUGGAAGAAGAGACCAGAGCUGCCGCCCGACCAAAAACAAGAAAAGGCCUUCCAUGUUUGUCGGAGCCCUUCGUUCUGCCCUCCUUCCUGGUGGAAACCACACCACUGCUCAGCCCAUAACGCUGAAAGAAACUCUUCCUUUUCAUUUUUGCUUUUUGUGUUUUUCGCUUCUGUGAAGUGGAAUUUAGAAGAUCAACCGUUGGAUGAUAUUAUUUUUAUUAUAAUAAUAAUCGAUGAUAUCAUCGUGAGCCUUCCUGCGUGUUUUGUUGUGGUGUAAAUCCAAAGGGCUGGACACAUCGCUCCUCACACCAUGUACCACGAGACGAACACCAGAAAGAGGGGAGCCGCUCCGUUGGAUUCCUGCCUUUGAGAAGGUGCUGGGUUGACGUUUGGCUUUGGUGCACUUUUUCCAUGUAAAUGCUCCAAUUUACAGUUCAGACAUAGUCGAGAACCCGUGUGUACUGUAUAUUUAUUGUACAACUCCAAACAGAGCGUCCUCGGACAUCUCUGUCAAACAGUAGCCUACUGCCACGGAAGGGAAUGUAAUGUGAUUGAGUUUAUAAUCAAUAACGUUGUGUGCUGGAAUGGAAUUAUACUGUAAUCCAUGUUAGAAUUGUGUAUACUGUACGGAUUUGUGUAUUAUAAAUGAUAUUAAUCUAAAACCAGAAGCUAACACAUGGUUAUAGAAGCAUCCGUUACUUCUCGCAGAAUUUCACAUUAACCCCAGAUAGACUGUCUGAUGUUGCCUGGACCACAUGAAACGUUGCCAACAAGAAGCCUUUUCUCAACUUCUAUUCAAUCAGAGCACAGCUCACGAGUGAAGGAUUCAUUUUGAGGAAGCGUUUGAAGCACCUUGUUCAUUUGAGUAACGGUAUGGAUAUUGUUCUCUUACGCUAGAAAGUGGCACAGUCUCUCAGUAAAAGCUGGGAAGAAAUUGGGCAAUACUGUGACCAAUUGAGUCAUUAAAAAAAAGAAGAAGAGAGAAAAAGGCAGAUCUAGAUAAGGUUUCGCUUUGAAAAUUAAAUGCCAGCAUUGUUGCAUCUUUCAGUUGUGGACAUCAACACCUAUUGAUCUCACUGAACAAAGAGGAUGUCAGAUGUAUCACCGAUGCUCAAUUGAAUGUGGCAUCGUCAAGAGUUCCUACUGUUACGUUUGUUUUGGUCGGUAUGGGACCAUACGGUUCUGGGAACUACUCAAGGGCCAUUGAAAUUGUGAUUUGGAACGUUCUUAGUGGUUUUGAAAGAGUAGGAAUAGGAGCAUAAGAAGUUGAGUGAAUGGCAGUGGUCCUCACAUUUUGCAAAUUCUUCCCAACAUCACUGAACACCAUAAGGACUUUGGAGGUUAUUGGAACUGGGGAGGUCCCUGUUGAGGAGCAUUGGUUCAACUUUUUCUGAGUUUACUUUUUUUUGCACUUCAAAAAAAGUAAUCUUUGUAAACUCAAUUCAUUCCUGAAUCCUUAACGUAUUAGGACCAUUCAGUGGGUAGUGAAUCCCCUUUGACCAGUCACUAUGCACCUCAAUCACAGAAGGUUCCCAUUCUGCUUGAAAGUUCCCUAAACUUGGUACCGAAAGAUUCAGAUAAGAUGCAGCCACUCCAGAUAAUUUGCUGUGCAAAUGCAGAAAUAACAAGAAACCUUUCAAAAGUCUGAAAAGCAGGUGAAGUCCUUGGUAAAUUGGAUAAUUGUUGGUACAAUAAAAAAGUUGAUUAGAUUUCCAUUUCAGUCUUCAGCAUCCAGUCACUUACCAGGGCUUGUCUUUUGGUGUUGUGGAAUCUGAGCCUCCUGGUGUCUUGAUGCUGCAUUCAUGAUCUUUAGGCAAUAUAACAAAUAGACAAAGAUCAGAACCCAUUGCAGCUGCUUUACACCACUCCAAAUUACGUCCCAGUUUCCACAGUGAGAUUUGGAGGUGUGAUUGGCUCAGCCUAAUUUUAAUCUCUUUUAAGACUGAAUAUUAAAGUUAAAAAGAUCUCAUACUGAUGAGCCAUUUUUCAAUAAGGUUCUGUUGAAAUAUAAAAAAAAGUAACCAUAAGAUAAAAGGCUAGAAUAUUCACACUGGUGAUUUUUGCUCAAACAUCAUUGUGUCGGCCCCUCUUAGCUUAGCUGCUAGGAUUAGCCUCCCAAUACAGUGAGAUGUAACAGAACUUGGCUUAAAAAAAUGUUGAACUAUUGCUUUAAGUGGAUCCCUCUUUUCCUCAUCAUUUCUAUUUUAUUCUGUUUUUUCUGGUGUUUUUUAUUUUUUUUAUUUCAUUUUAUUUUUUAGCUUUUUCCUCCUCCUAGCCUUCCCGGGCUUCUGGUGCUAUCAACAGGUGCUUCCAUUCAAAGCCCUCUCCGGUGUGCUUAAAAGUUCAAGUUUGAGCCAAAUAAGACAAGUUGAUAUACUUGUUGAUAUCUCUGCUGGUAAAUGCUGGUCGUGUUUUGAUUUGAUCUGAUUUUUUUUUUCUGUUUUCUUUUUACUUGUUUAUACCUCACACUGGGAACUUUAGCUGUUCAAAUAGGGUAACGCUGUUCGUCCAAUUGAUCAAAACGGACGCUUGCCCAGAUGUAACAGAAAGGGAAACACCUCUGUGGCGGUACGGGGGGGACAGGGGGGUCAAAUCUGAGCGCCCACACAGGAAGAGCAUGAAUACGUCUCUGAGGCUGUUGACGACGAUAUUCUGAUUUUGCUGCUGCUACUUCUUUUGUUGUUGUUUUUUAAAUAUAUAUUUUUUGGUAGCCACCUUCCAUGUGACCGAUUUCAAAUAUUUUUUGUUUUGUUUUUUUUUUUAUUAGCCGCAGAAGCAUUUUUCUGCAGGGACUGACCCAGCUGUGGGGACAAGCAGCCAUCACAGACCGGAGAGUUGAACUCAGUCCAGCUGGUACUCAUUGCUGUGAACCUGGAUGUCUGAAUGUCACGUUGCUCGUGUCUGUACCUGAAAUCGCGAGGGAAAUGGUCAGCGUCAUGUGAUUAAAUUGCAUUUAUUUUAUAUUCAGUAUUAAUUGUUGGUAAACUGUUACUGCUUCUUUUUUUUUCUUCUUCUUCUUUUCGGAUGUUAAUAAUGUGCUAAUUUAUUGCUGUGUCUCACAUGUACAUUUAUUUCACUGCAUGCAAACUGAAAUUAAGCAUAGUGAAAAAAGUGCAGUGAUGCAGCUCUUCACCAUGUUUUUUAAGGGUAGAAACAAUAAAGAGCUUUUACAGAGGGG